AUGAUUGAUCCAUAAAGCGAACCUCUUUUUUCAUAGAAAUACAAAUUAUAAUACUCUAUAAAAUAAAAGGAUUACUCUCGGGCCUUGGCUAUUAAUAAAGCAAAUUCAAUGCUUAUUGUUGGAUAAGAGAAUAAGAUUGCAAUUUAUUAAUUCAAAUAAGGAGAAAUUAAAGAAAUUGGUAAGGUAAGAAAACAUUUAAACUCAAUUAAUACUCUUAUUUUUAUUAAUCAGCAAAAUAAAUUUAUAUCUGGCUGUUGUAAUUCAAAAAUUUACUUAUGGUCAAACUUUUAAUGUUCAUAAUAAAAAUUUAUUUAAGAACUUAAAGGCCAUUUUGAAUGCAUUAAUUGCUUGAUUUUGAAUGAACCUUUUGAUGAUCUGAUUAUAUCUGGUAGUGAUGAUUAAACAAUAAAAUUUUGGUAAUAAUCACAAAUGAAUUCUUGGGUUUGUAUAUAAACCAUAAAGGAGCAUUUUACAUCUGUUAAUACAUUAGCAAUUAAUCCUGAACGUAAUUUAAUUAUUUCUUGCGGAGAGGAUUUUCAAAUAUUAGUUAUUGAAUAUCUAAAUCUCUAAAAUACUUGGUAUGUAAAAUAAAAAAUCCAUGUUGAUUAAGAGAGCUAUCGUAUAAAUUUUAUUAAUAAUAACCUUUUUGUAUUUUAACCAAAAUGUGGUCCUACAUUAUAUGUUUACGAAAACAUAAAUAAUGGGUUAAUUUCAGAAUUUAUAAAAACAAAAGAGAUUUCUGUUCAUGGAGAAUAUUAAAUUUGUAGACCUUUUUUUCCUUCUAUUGUUAAUAGAAAAAAGAAUGUUUUCAUUAAUAAAAAUGGAUAUUGCUUGAAUAUAAUAAGCUUAAGCUAAGACAAAUAAGAAACUGAAGAAUUUAGAUUGAAAUAAGUUAUUCAUUUUGGAAACUAAACAUAUGGAAGAAUAUUUGGAACUCUGAGUGAUGAUGGUGAAUAUUUAUUAAUUUGGGAUUAUUAAUCAAAGGAAAUUCAAGUUUGGAUAUACAAUUAAACUGAGAAUGAAUAAGAAUGA